AUAUUAAAGCUGAACAGCUUCGAUUUUUGACAGAAUUUUGAGGCCUCCUAUGAAUUAAUCUGGUUCUGAGACUGUAUUGAAUGGCUUGAUUUUCGUAGGAUUCUCCGGUGUGCAGGUUUGGUGCUCUUUAGCAUUUGGAUUGUUUCUUGUGGUGUUGCCACAUCUGUUUCAUCUGCGGUGGUGGAGUUUUCUUUUUUUUCUUCGUCGUGUGGACGUAGCAGUGUUUGCCUUUUGGAGCGUUACGGGAUGGUCAAAGCGGCGUUCUGCCCAUGUUCCUCACGCGUGGGCUUUUUUGUGCCUCGACACGUGCUAACUUUCCAGUGUCUUCUCUUUACCUCCCCUCUCCAUCCCUCAAUAUUUUGGACAGUCCCAUUAUUUUCCAAUGAACCCAUUGGACUCCCUCUGUUGCAUCUCUUCGCUAUCCAAAAUUCCAGAUUUCUUACUCUGCUUCGCCGGCUGCCCCCUCGGCGCUGCUCUGCUUGACGGAGACUUCGAGCAUGGAUUUCAUUGCCUGGACUCUCCGCUGCGGCGAGAUCCCCCUGGUAGAGCUCCUCCGUGGCCGGCGUCCAUGGUGAGGCUCGGCUCCUGCUCCGAUGUACCCCUUGGCGCUGCUCCGGGCGACGACAACUGCGAGCAGGAAUAUCCCCCCGCUAGGGCUUCCCCUGCCACGAGAUGCCCCUGGCAGAGCUCCUCUGUGGCCGGCGGCCAUGGUGAGGCUCGGCUCCUGCUCCCGUGUAGCGGCCCGCUGCCCCGUCGGUGCUGCUCUAGCCACGGUGACCGCGAGCAGGAAUUUCCCCCCGCCCAGGCUCUACCCUGCCGCGAGAUCCCCCUGUCAGAGCUCCUCCGUGGCCGGUGGCGAUGGUGAGGCUCGAUUCCUCCUCCGGUGUAGCGACCGUCGACGAGGUGCUGCAGCUCCCCGACGCAGUUCCUCACCUGGAAGCGGUUCUCGGACCCAAAGGCUGGUGCGCUUCUUGGUUUGCUUGACUGUGGGUGGUCUGUAUCUUGGAGGAGUGGCUCUCAACGACGCCCUUGAUUCGCCGCUUUAUGUCCCCAUGAGCUUUUUGGGUAAAGGUCCCACGCCUCCGUCGGUUCAUUGUCGCCGCGUGCCCGGCCGGAGGUCCCUGUGUAUUGGCCGAGUUCGGCGGCGGCGAGCCGUGUCGCCGCGAUCGAGCCGCAUGACGAAUGUGUUUACCAUGGCGGAUAAUGCAGCGGCAGUGUGGGCGGCUAAGUUUUGCGUGCCUAUGACAGUCGUGCAUGCCGCCAUCGACGCGCUACAGCUGAAGAUCGCUCUGUUCUGGGUGCGGUCUUUGCUCUGGGCCACGCCAACCCUGCACAGCUCUCUACGACCGGUGGAGACGGAGCGGGGCUGGGCCGACAGGGUUUGCAGCGGCCAAUCCAUUGAGGAGUGUCCUUGUGCGGUGCGGUCCAGUCUUGCCCACGCCAACUCCUGGUGCUCGGCGGCCGAGCGGCCAGAUUGGAUUGGAGAUGCGCAGAUUGGGGGCUGUGCUCGGCGGCCGAGCGGUUGCCUCGCCAUCGUGAUUCCCGCAUCCUCUGGCGUAUGCACGUCUUGGCUCUUCGAAGAGGUACUGGUCGCCGUGCCAGAGCGCUACGCACGGCGUCACCGACGAGCUCGCUAUCAUGGAGGGUGCCAUCCGAAGAUCUCCAGCGCCAUCCUCCGCGUCGACUCGAUUACAGGCAAGGCGUCCAUCCGCCACUACAAGCAGGAACCGUCCUGUAGAGAGAGGCAGCGGCGGGCGACCUAGAGGUCCAGCCUUACCUUCUUCAUCAGACCUCGCCGGUUCCCUCCGCAACACAGGCGACAACCUCAUCGUCAUUGACUUUGUCUGCCCACUGUCAUGGUGCCAGUCGCACUCUCCAUCCUAAGUUGACUAUUCACUGUUGUAAUAGGACUCGAGGAUGGCCGUUGCCAUGGAGCAGAGGGAGGUGAGUUUCGCGGGAGCAGUCCCGGAAGAGAAGAAGUUUCUUUUUCUCCUUCCUGCAGAAAACAAGCCACAAAAUACCUUUUUCGACAUGGAUCUGCAAAGUUUGAAAAUGUCAGAUAGCAAUCGGAUCUGGCUAAGCUUUACUGCUCUCAUAUGGGUUCCAGUUUUUUAUAAUAUGAAAUAACUUCUUUGCAUGCUGAAAUUUUGUUGACUUCCUUUUCCAGUCUAUUGGUUAAUUUGGUAGCUCUAAAAAUCAGCUCAUAGGAUAGUGUAAGAGAGAACAUUCUUUUUUUCACGAUUAGUGGAUUAUUGAUUAUCAUAUUGCCCUUAUUACGGUUCUUAAUCUGCAUACUUUUUUCCUUAUCUUCCUAGGCUAAGAGCUUUGUUUUUCUUUGCUAACAUCCAAUGCUCAUGAGGUGAGCUAUCCUCUUACAUUCUGGAUGUGGUAUAAUUUAUUUCAAAAGGAAGAGUUAGAUCACACAUCAAUCUUGCAUUUACUAUCUAACUAUUACUCAGGACUAGAGUAAUUCGAUACCAGGACAUAUUAUUUUCUAAGUGGCUGGUAUUCUAAUUCAGCAGUAGGAGCCAUCCACAAUAAUUGAAAUGCAGUGUUCUAUGAUGGCGGUGAGGUGAGCAAACUGAUUUCUAGCAUGAAAAGGAUGUUGGAAUAAAACUUGUUCAUGGUGAUGCAUAUAAUUGACACUGGUAUUGGUGUCCAAAUAUAGCACCAGAGCCAACAUAAUCUUCUUUUAUAUAUAUUAUAUACUGUUUAUUAACAUGAAUAGCUUAUUUCUCUUAUAUUUAUCUGAUCCUAAAUUGUUCUCAGGGUUUGUGGUUCGUCGUAUAGAUGCAUGGCACCCACAACAACAUUUCAUUAUGACAACACCAAAUCUAGCAACUCCCUUAACUAAUUGCUAAAUACCAUUUCGGAAUUUCGAGCAUGUUACCCAUGUAUAUAAUCAUAUUCCUCCUUUUCGACACAUCUCAUUGCUUAGUUUCUACGAACAUUGAAGGUUGCAGUAUUUUUUGUCAUCUUUGGUUUAUAUAAAGAAUAUAGUGGAACAACUACAUGCUUUAGUUGAUACGAGAUUCUGGUAACUAAGCUUGGAACUAUUAUUCAGUUCGUUCAUUGAUACGAAUCAAUAUAUUUGAUAUCAAAUUUGUAGGUGGUGAACAUGUAGUCUAUUUCAACUUGACAUGUUACUCCCUUUCAAUUACUCCUCCAUUCUUUUAUUUUGUUUUAUUUGGUUCUCUAUAAAAUGAGAUAUCUUGCAUACAUGGUCCCCGGUUUUUCUGUAGGGUAGAUCUGUGGUUGUGAACCAAUGCAUAUAUCUAUCUUUUCUCUCUCUCUCUCUCACUAAGUUUCGUCAUAAAACUUCCAAGUAUGGUAGCCAGACUGUUUUGGUUGGUCAGGUUCAUUAUACAAAUUAUCGACUAUGUUUUUCCAUAUUGUCAAUUAGUCUCUGAUCUUGCAAUGAUUAUAAUUACCACACAAUAAUAGAAGUCUCGACGAUAUUGUACCUCU